AGAAUAUAACUUUGUUUUCCUGCCUAAAUCAAACACAUUCAAAAGAUUUCUCAUCUGGCUCGGCCAUUCUCCAAAAACCCAGCAGAGCAAGAACCCUAUCACGCUACCUCAUCCCAGGUCAAUCAUGGCGACGAACCCUCCGAACCUAGAGUGCCGAAUGUACGAGGUCAAGUAUCCUGAAGUGGACCAGGCUGUGAUGAUACAGGUCAAGAGUAUGGCUGACAGUGGUGCCUAUGUUUCUCUUCUUGAGUACAAUAACAUUGAAGGAAUGAUCCUUUUCUCUGAGCUUUCUCGUCGUCGAAUUAGGAGUAUCAGUAGUCUCAUCAAAGUUGGCAGAAUCGAGCCCGUCAUGGUGCUUAGGGUUGACAAAGAUAAAGGUUACAUUGAUCUUAGUAAGCGAAGGGUCUCUGAGGAAGAUAUUCAGGGUUGUGAGGAAAGGUACAAUAAGAGCAAGCUUGUUCAUUCCAUUAUGCGUCAUGUUGCUGAAACUAUGAAUAUCGAUCUGGAGGACCUUUAUGUCCAUAUUGGUUGGCCUUUAUACAGAAAAUAUGGUCAUGCUUUUGAGGCAUUCAAGCUUAUUGUCAAUGAUCCAGAUUCGGUUCUAAAUUCCCUCACCCGUGAAAUUAAAGAAACUGGCCCCGACGGGCAGGAGGUUACUAAGGUGGUUCCUGCUAUAUCAGAGGAAGUUAAAGAUGCAUUAGUCAAAAACAUUAGGAGGAGGAUGACCCCACAACCAUUGAAGAUACGAGCAGAUAUUGAGAUGAAAUGUUUUCAGUUUGAUGGUGUUCUUCACAUUAAGGAAGCAAUGCGUAAAGCUGAAGCUACCGGUAAUAAGGAUUGCCCAGUCAAAAUUAAACUUGUUGCGCCUCCAGUAUAUGUGUUGAACACUCAGACUCUGGACAAGGAGCAAGGUAUAUCUGUCCUCAGUAAAGCAAUUGCCGCUUGCACCGAGGAAAUAGAACGUCAUAAAGGAAAACUUACAGUCAAGGAGGCCCCUCGCGCGGUGAGUGAACGAGAAGAUAAAUUACUUGCGGAACAGAUGGCUAAACUUGGACGUGAAAAUGAGGAGAUCAGUGGUGAUGAAGAUAGUGAAGAGGAGGAGGAUACCGGAAUGGGAGAAAUUGAUCUUGAAAAGUCAGGAACUGGAAUAACAGAUUAAAAAUGGAGGACUUGAAUAGCACACUUCAACAUAUGCGCUCUUGACUUCUCUCUGCCCUUAGUUUACUGUUGGCCUUAUUUCUUUAUUGAUCAUUUGAGAUGGUAUAUAAACCAACCAACCAACCAACCAUACUGUUUGUUACAUACAAGUGUACUGAUGGAUUGGGCCUUUGGCCAAAAUACCUUAUGUUCACAACUAGUACGUCUUGUCCAUUCAUUUGCCUACAUUUUGACAUCCCUUGUAUUUCGAUUGUGCUUAGUUACUUCUGGUAUGUGCAAUGGGGUUUAUUGCCACUUCUGAA